AUAAUUUUUCUUGCAUCGCUUGUGAAAACACACUUGCAAAAGAAAAGUUUUGUAAUUGUGCAAAAUUUUCCUUUUAUUAAUAGUUUUUAAAUAAAUUUUUAUUGAAAAAGGUGCUCUCUUAACAAUUCCAACCUUUAACAAACCGUCAAUUUUAUAAGAAAUCUUUAAAUUAAACUACGACACAAAUCUAAAACGAAAAAGUGAAAAAAUUCUUUCUUUAGAAAAAGAAGUCAAGUGUUUGUACAAGAAGAAGCAGCAAAAAGUGCAAAAAAUUUAGUUUUUCUUAUUUUUCCUCGUUAUCGUUAUACACAAAAAAGCAGUGUAGGAGUCGUUUAUACAGCACCUGCCAUAAAUUUUACGUACAACGUAUAAAUAGGGAGGGGACUAUUUGGUGUUUAGAUAAAAAGUGUUAAAUAAAUUAUAACUAUCAAUUGAUUGUCCAUACGAUUGUGUGUAACCACUAAAGGCCGCAUCAUCAUCAGUCGUAGCAGCAGCAGCAGUAGCAAGUGAAAGGGGGUUGCCUUGUUUUAAGUGGUCUGUUGAUUAGAUCAUACUACAAACCAAACCACCACCCGUAUGCCAGGUUUUCAUUUCAAUGAAAUGGGCGAAAUGGUGUUGGACGCAAUUGAUGAUAUUGGUGUGGUAGAUGUUUACGAUUUGGCUUCCGACAUAGGCAAGGAAUAUGAAAAGAUCAUAGAUCGUUUUGGCACCGAGGCUGCCACCGGCCUUAUGCCCAAAAUCAUUAAUACCUUGGAGUUGCUAGAGGCAUUGGCUACGAAAAAUGAACGUGAAAAUGCCACCAUACAAGAGCUAAAAGAUAAAAUCUCACAGCUAGAGAGUGAAAAAUCGGAAAAGGCCGAGUUUCGUAGGCGUUUUGAAAAAGAACUGGAAAUGAUUGAGGAACAGUGGCGUACAGAAACGAAUGAUUUGGCAGAUUUGGUCUCGUCCUUGCAGGAGGAAAAUAAGAGAUUGGUGAAACAAACUCAGGACUUGCAGUCGUCUUCGGCUCAGUCUUCUGGCCUGGGUGCCAGUUUAACGGAGAGUAUUAUAAGUAUAACCAACAAUGAAUUGCACAGUGCUUUGAGCGAUACGCAGGUGUUGCAGCGGCUCAAGGAACAAAUCUAUAGACAACGAGAUGAGCUGAAGGAAAAGGAAAGGGAAUUGCAAAGCAAAUACACGGAAAUUGAACAUAUGACCAUACAAAUGGACCGUUUUAAAUCUUCGGGACGUGAUACACGUCGUCGUUGCACCAUGCUACAAACACAAGUGAAAACUUUGUGUGAAGAACGUGCCGACUUUUUGGCACAACUACAAGACCAGUGUCGCGAAAUUAACAGUUUACGCAAAAGAUUGGGUUUGGCCGAAAAAGAUAAUGAGGACUUGUACAUGUCACAUGAUAAUGAUCCCAACGAUCCAAAUCGUCCACGUUAUACCACACGUGAGCUUAAAGAACUGAUUAACGAACGUGAUGAAUUGCUAACAACAAUUGAGAAUUUAAAUGAAGAGUUAAGAGCUUUAAAACCAACCGAAAUAACGGCCAAUGACUCAAGUUCAGAUGAGGAUGAUGACAAUGACGAUGGUGUGGGUGCCGAAGGUGGAGAAGAUGAGGAUAAUGGUGAACAUAAUGGAACACCUCCUGAACAUGAUGCUCCUGUUCAAGGCCCUUUACCCUUUGAACCCGAUGAUGCACCCUGGAAGAAAUCUAAUGAAUCUGGUAUUCGUAAAUUCUUUCGCAAAUUAUUUUCCGAUACCAAUGAUGGCAGCGCCCAUAAUCAAACCUUUCAAAAACGUUCCUUAGCCACCUUAUCGAAAAUGGCUUUAUCGGCUACACCCUCAGCAACAGCUAAUGUUAACACAUUACAAUAUUACAGGUAUUAUUAAAUUCAAUAAUAAAAACAACAUCACCUCUAAUAUAUAGAAAUUAAAACAAACACACAUUCCUAAAACAAUUCAAUAACGAAUAAUUCACCAAUCAGUCAUUCACAAAAUAUUGCAUUUCACUUGCAUUCAUCACAAAAUAAGCAACAAAAGAAAAAAACGAAACAAAACAAAACAUAGUUAAUCAUCAAUUACGAAACAAAUGAAAAAACAUAUCAGUUUGUCUAAGAAAACCAAGAAAACAAAUUUUUAAACUAAACGAAUAAUUCAACAAGAAUUUCUUUUAAACGAAAAAUUUCUAUACAUUUUUUUUUAUUAAGUCACAGACUGUGCCAAAGAUUUUUUUACACCAUAUUUUUUUCUAACUAUAAGUUUUGUAAAAACCCCCCUUAAUUAAAAAACCCAUCUUCUCAUAACCUCAUUUUGUCAUAAA